GUCAGUCAUUUAAUUCCUGCUUUAGAGGAGACCUGGUCCUCGGCGGCAGCAGUUCCCCGGAAGAUUUAAUUGAGGAUCCCAGGCUACUGAGCCAGUGGCCAAGAUGGCCAACUUCAAGGGCCACGCCCUCCCGGGGAGCUUCUUCUUGCUCUUCGGGCUCUGGUGGUCGCUGAAGUACCCGUUCAAGCACCUGACCCAAGGGGCACAGAGCCGGUUCGGCCGUGGGGCCAUGCGACUGGAGCUGAUUGAAGGGCUGGUCAAAGCUGCCUUUUCAUUUAUAGGGAUCCUGGUGGAGCAGUUUGUUCCAGAUGGGCCCCACCUGCACCUGGUGGACCAGGAAGGACAAGGCUGGGUGAAGCUGAUGAACUGGCAGCAUACCACGAUGUACCUGUUCUUUGGACUCUCAGGCAUCAUGGACGUGCUCACCGUCCUCUCCACCCAGAUCCCCCUGGGGCUGGACCGCCUGAUCAUGGCCUUGGCCGUGUUUGCCGAAGGUUUCCUCUUCUACUACCACGUCCAUAACCGGCCCCUACUGGACCAACACAUCCACUCACUGUUGCUGGUGGCGGUGUUUGGUGGUGCACUGAGCAUCUUCCUGGAGGUGCUCCUCAGGGACAAUGUGGUGCUGGAGCUGUUCCGGACCAGCCUCGCCAUCCUACAGGGCACCUGGUUCUGGCAGAUCGGGUUUGUGCUGUUCCCGCCCUGGGGAGGGCCCGAAUGGAAACAGGAUGAUCACAGCAACAUCAUGUUCAUCACCAUGUGCUUCUGUUGGCAUUAUGCAGCUGCCCUCAUCAUCGUGGGCAUCAACUAUGCCCUCGUGGCUUGCCUGGUGAAGAGGUUUGAGAGGCGCUCUGGAGGAGAGAUCAUUGGGAUCCAGAACCUGAAGUCAAAUAAAAAUGCACACAAGGCACUCUUGCAGGACUCAGAAGAAGAGUGACCCAGGGAGAGGGCGACCAUGCUGACUUCCACCCUGGCCCCCACUGAAUCGCUGAAGCAGCCUGGGACUAUCUGGCAUGGGACCUGCCCCCUGGCGAAGACACUCACAUGGCUCUCCUCCCACAAUCUUUAGAGCCCCCCACUGUGGAGAACUACUGGAGAGCAGCGUGACCUUCUCAAAAAGGAGACUUUUUUGACUUACGAAGGAGUUGGGUGCAAACUCACCUUUCCUCCCCCACCCCAGCACCCCACCACGGAUGGAGGCCCCAUCUUCCCCUCUCUACUGUCCCCCAAAGUCUGGGGGUUGGCGGCUGCACUCAGGGAACAGGAAGUCUCGCUGCCUGCCGUUGCGUUCAACCCCAAUGGACUCCAGCCCAGGGGCAAGGUUGGAGGCAGGUGUUUCGGGGCCUGGACUUCUGGGUGGCAAAAAACCAAAGUCCACAAUGCAGUAGCAUUUGUGAAAGAACCCGGCCAAGCCCUCUGCUGUAGGUACAACUUGGGCUUGGGGGCAGGACCAGACCAGGGGAACGUACAAGGUUUCUCCAGGUCUGGCAGGAGCGCGAGCAGCAGCUCCAGCCUCUUCAUUCAUUCAAUCAUAUUUAUUGAGCACUUUCUGUGUGCAAAGCACUGUACUAAGCCUCUUCCCACCUUGUCCGUUCCCCUGCCUCAAGGCAGGCCCGCACCAAACUGACCCACACUAUGGGAGUGCCCUGAGUUCAAAGGGCUUUGAGGAAGGCGGUGAUACCCCCUUUUACCUGGUGUAAGCCAAUGUCCAACUCCCCAGGCUGUGGGAGAGAGAACUCUGCCCACAUUCUCCCUCUCUCCCUUUGGCACCGGUGGGGUCAAGGCUCCAAUAAUCCUGGUGCAUUCUCAACAGACCCUAACUCCCUCUAUUCCAGAUCAGCACCACUUCCACCCCUCACCACUGCAUUCCUGGGCACCCCACCCUCUGACACACCCUCCCUUCCCAGCCCGGAGCAGGGAUAUUUUAGCUAAGGAUAUGGAUGAGAGCGAGGGGUCCGGGUAGGGGGCUGAAAUGCUAGGAUGGCUGAGGGAGCGGGGAAGGCCGGGCAGAGAGUGUCUCUCUAAGGACAGUGACCCUGGCAACCCCUGGGGCGCUAUGCCUCCACCUCACUGGUUACGGGACUUCUCCUCCUGGUCAGAUAUUUCAGAUGAGCCCCAUGGGGGACAGGGACUGUGUCCAACCAGAUUUGUUUGUAUCCACCCUAGUGCUUAGUACAGUGCCCAGCACAUAGUAAGCACUUAAAACGAUAUUUUUAUUGUCGUUUCCAUGGUUUAGAAGCAGUGAGGCCAAGUGGAGAGAGCACAGGCCUUGAAGUCAGAGGACCUGAGUUCUUAUCCCAAGUAGGCCAC